AUGUGCUUCUGGACAAGGCUCUUAGUCUUCUGCCUGCCAUUGUUCCUUCUCUUCAGCCUUGUUCCCUCUACUGUGACAGAGAAACCUUCCACCCAGGACAGCAGCGGCACUUGGAGUCCUGGCCAAUUGAUGGAAGUACUCCGAGUUCUCUCUGCUGGCGACCACCCACCCCUGAACCACUCAAGAAGCCUCAUCAAAAUACUGUUAGAGAAAACUGGCUGCCCACGGAGGACAAAUGGAAUGCAAGGAGACUGCAAUCUGUGCUUUGAACCAGAUGCCCUGUUGCUAAUAGCUGGAGGAGGUUUCGAAGAUCAGCUCAGAGAGGAAGUGGUCCAGAGAGUUUCUCUUCUCCUCCUCUAUUACAUUAUUCACCAGGAGGAGAUUUGUUCUUCAAAGCUCAACAUGAGUAAUAAGGAGUAUAAAUUUUACCUACACAGCCUCCUCAGCCUCAGGCAGGAUGAAGACUCCUAUUUCCUUUCACAGAACGAGACAGAAGAUAUCUUGGCCUUCACCAGGCAGCACUUCAACACUUCUAGAAGCCAGUGUAUGGGAACCAAAAUGCUGCAGAAAAAGUCUGGAAUACUAAGCAGUGAUGGUGCUGAUGAAAAUACACUUCCUCGGUUGGCGGCAACAAUCAUUGCUUUGUCUCUUCAAGGUGUUUGUCUGGGGCAAAGAAACUUACCGUCCCCAGACUACUUUACAGAAUAUAUUUUCAGUUCCUUGAAUAGUACAAAUACUCUUCACCUGUCAGAACUAGACCAACUGCUUAACACUCUCUGGACCACGAGUACCUGUAUCAGAAAAGAUAAAGUCCAUCAACUUCAAAGGAAACAAAACAAUAUGACAAUUCGUAAUUGGAGUUACCCUAACAUAUCUGUAUCCAGGGACCAAGAGUCAGAUUAUGGUCCAGUUUCCUGGGAUCAGACUUGCUUCUCUGCUCGGCAACUGGUGGAGAUAUUUCUACAGAACAGCCUUUCACCUAUUUCUAAGGAGGACUUUAAGCACAUGAGUCCAGGGAUCAUCCAACAAUUGCUCAGCUGCUCUUGCCAGCUGCCCAAGGACCAACAAGCAAACCUGCUGCCCACCACUCUGGAGAAAUAUGGCUACAGCACAGUGGCUGUGGCGCUGCUCACGCUGGGCUCCAUGCUUGGGACCACACUGCUCCUGUUCCACAGCUGUGAGGAGAGCUACAGGCUCAUUUUACAGCUGUUUGUGGGCCUGGCUGUUGGGACACUCUCUGGGGAUGCUCUGCUCCACCUUAUCCCUCAGGUCCUUGGUUUACAUAAGCAGGAAGCCUCAGAGUCUGGACAUGUCCAUGAUAACAAAAGUCACGUUUGGAAACUGUUGGGACUAAUUGGAGGCAUCCAUGGGUUUUUCUUGAUAGAAAAAUGUUUUAUCCUUUUUGUGUCAUCAAGUGUUGAGCAGGGCGUGUUGCUGGUUAAUGGGCAUGUGGGGCAUUCCCACCACCCUGCACUCAAUUCUGAGUUAAGUGACCAGUCAGGCAGAGGCCCAUCUGCUUCAACUAUCCAGUUGAAAGGCCCAGAAGACUCUCAGCCAGCCCAAAUUCCUAUAGGCGGUAUGACAGCCUCCAAUAGAAAAUGCAAAUCCAUUAGCUCGUUAGCAGUAAUGGCACUGGUCGGGGACAGCCUGCAUAACUUCGCAGACGGCCUCGCGAUAGGGGCGGCCUUCUCGUCUUCCUCUGAGUCUGGAGUAACCACGACAAUUGCCAUUUUGUGUCAUGAAAUCCCACAUGAAAUGGGAGACUUUGCUGUGCUGCUAAACUCCGGACUUCCUAUUAAAAUUGCCAUCCUGAUGAAUUUUGUAAGUGCUCUAACUGCCUUCCUAGGACUGUACAUUGGCCUCUCAGUAUCAACUGAUCCUUGUGUUCAGAAUUGGAUCUUGACAGUCACUGCUGGCAUGUUCUUAUAUUUAUCCAUGGUAGAAAUGCUUCCUGAAAUGACUCAUGUUCAAACACGGCGACCCUGGUUGGUGUUUCUCCUGCAGAAUUUUGGAUUGACCCUAGGUUGGCUUUCUCUGUUACUCUUGGCUAUAUAUGAACAAAACAUUAAAAUAUAA